CCCAUACGUAAGCACAUCGUCCCCUCCACCCUCACCAUCCACUCCUGCGUUCAAACACAUCAUGAACAGCCCGCCCAACAGCCUGGCGUCGCUCCUCUCCACAGUCCCCAAUGCCUACCAGGCUACGGCGCAAGCGCCGCCCGCCGAGGAAGGUAACCCGGACGCGAUCAUAAUGACUUACCUGCGCGACGCCUACGAACCCCCCGUCGAAGAACAAAACAGGUACUAUCCCUCCUCGUCGUACCGGUACUCUGCGCCGCCGCGGGGGGCGCCGCCCUCGCCGCCGGACUCGACCGUGCCGAUCCCGACGACGCUCGCGAACAUCGGCGCGGCCCUAGCCAACGCAACAGACACGCCGUUCGCCGUCGCCCUUCCCCCGGCAGUAGGCAUGGACGAGGCGUUCACGGACACGCUCGACCGCGGGGAGAUGGGCGGGAAGCGGCGCAAGGCGCCGCACGAGCGCGCAGGCUGGCGCGAGAUGGACGAGGAGAAGCGGGGCAAGGGCGAGAACGGCGCGUCCGAGGCCGCGGCAACGCUCGUCGGGCUCGAGGAGGCGCAGGCGCACAGCGAGGACGGCGAGGACGAGCGCCCGGCUAAGCGCCCGGCCAAGUCCAAAGAGGCGCGCGCGGAACAGAACCGCAAGGCGCAGCAGAUAUUCCGGCGCAAGCGCGAGGAGAAGAUCAAGCAGCUCGAGCUGGAUAGUAUGGCGCUCGCGAAUACACGCGGGCGCCUCGUCGCGGCAGAGGCACGCCUCUCCGAAAUGGCACUGGAACUCGAGGCCAAGAUCAUUGAGGCGCAGGGGCUGCGGCGCGCACUCGCCACGGCGGCGAAUGUCGCCGGCCUGAGCCUCGUCAAGCCCGAUGGCGCGCUCACCCUCAGCCCAGAGGAGUAUGAGGCGCGCGAUCGCUCACGCGUCACGCCCGCGCACCUCGAGGCCGGGUGCGAUGGACUUGCGCGCGCGGCGCGCCAGCUCGCAAAAGCCAAUCGCAGACAGCGUGAGGACGUGCGUGCGGCGCAGGAGGCGAGCCAGCAUGCGCAGGCUUGAGGACAUUGUAUUGUAUCGUGAUAUCUCGUUCAGCUGUAAAGUAGACAUUUGUGUGUGUCAGUAAGCAACUGGCUAGAGCUCUGUCUGUGCAACGGAAAGAUGCGACGGACCGGCAUUGUGCAAUUCGAUGAACUAUGAGAUCAAACUGAUGACGACCAGCCACGGGAUUAUCUAUCCUACCAUGCGAUGCAAUACACACAUUGAC